AUGACCCCUGUUUUUGCCAAGGACGCUGCUCCUCCCGCCGGUCCAUACUCCCACGCCAUCAAAGCCAAUGGCCUUAUCUUCGCCUCAGGCUGCAUCCCAUGCGACGCAGCGGGCACAAUCCUCGAGAACGCCACGAUCCAAGAGAAGACAGCGCUGAGCAUCAAGAACGCCGCGGCGGUGCUCGAGGCCGCAGGGUCUAGCAUCGCCAAGGUCGUCAAGGUCACGGUGUUUCUUACUGAUAUGGCCAAUUUUGCGGCGAUGAAUGAGGAGUAUGCGAAGCAUUUCACGCAUAAGCCAGCGAGAAGCUGUGUGGCGGUUUAUCAGUUGCCUAAGGGUGUGCCGGUGGAGGUUGAGGUUGUGGCUUUGGAGUGA